CACGAGGCGCAGGAGGGUUCGCGGGAAGCUUGCGACAGAAUCACAAAUUUUUAUUUCAUCAAGGAUCCACGGUGCAGACACCGCGUUGUGAGCAUUCAGGGGAGGGUGAAGUAAAUGAUGCUGAGCCAAUGGUGAUCCUCGCGCGAGGAGCAUCUGUCCGAAACUAGCGAGUGAAAUCACUGGCAUAACGCAGCUGUCUCCGAUAUGGGAAGUGCUUCGAGAUGUUAAUCUGACCUGAAGUUUGAUUGAGGGUACUCUAAUUCAGUGACUUUGGGACAUUCGCCCGAGUUGGACCAAAAAAGAAGGCAGUGUGGACAGAAGCUGAUGUUUAUCCCCCUGUUCCAAUGGACAUCCUAUCCCAACUGACAUUGUCUGGAGAUAUCCCUCACUCAUCUAUGUGGAAUAAAAUCUAAAGAAAAAUGAAGAGAAGUAGCUAGAGCUUGGACAACAGGGGUCAUUCACAUUAAAAAUUGUUCCCCAAGUCCCUCUGACAUCAUCUGGAGGAAACUGCAGUUCCCGUGAGACCUAGACAUCCCUCUUUUCCCACUAUAUGGAGUAAAAUCUUAGAACUAGAGGCUGGCCAGCAGAGGCUCAUUCAAAUGAACUGUCCUAAUAUUGCUAAAGUGGAACUUUCACAUUACUGAUAAAUUGGGACAGGAACUGUCUCAAAACCAAAGAGAGCCCUGAUGGUAUCAUAUGAUCUGGACUGAUUAGACUCAAUCAGAAUGCACAGAUCAGACUCUCACUCUGUGUUUUUACCAUGAGUACACUGGGACCAGAUGAAACUGAUGUUUUUCUGCAUAAUUUUAAGCCAGUAUGGAGCUGUUAGCCCUCCUGCGCUGUGUUUUGUAGCACGUGGCUUGAACUCAGCAUCAGCAGCAUCUUAAUUACACAGCCCAAUCAAUUCAGACAGAGGAGGAAACAUCUCUACAUCUGGAGAUAAACUACCAUAUAGAGACAUGCACAAAUACAUGGAAUUCUGGCCGGUGUCUUGUUCUAUUUCUCUUUCACUGUACCACUUCUUGUGUCCACUAUAUAUGUACUUUUCUCCCAAAGGAGCCCUAUAUUCAUCUGUUUGUCUCUAGACCUAGAGAUCCUUUCCACACAAACCUGUCUCUGUCUCUCACACUCUAGUAAAUGUUUGAGGACAACCUCUCUAACCUUUCCUAUGGUUUUCUCCUCUUUCUUUCCCAUGUUGACGGCCCAACCACACACCCGAUAUAAUGAAGCCUUUAAUUGAUGAUGUACACGUCCAAAUUAGACUGGUUCAGUGACUGGCCAGGGCUCUUGGUCCCUGCAGACUCAGUGACCUUUGGAGAGGGCCAGACUGCUGCUCUGUGAGUGCCACUGGCCUACCACCUUUACACACACACUCACACACAUGCUAGUAUGUCCACCCUUGAGCCCUCGGCAACAGAUAGAGAAUGGUAAAUGUCAGCGCUCUGGCCAUUGAAUUAUAUGGUUUAUUUGAAUUAGUGAUUGGGAUCUUUGUCCAUCAGAAAAGAUUAGAUCAGCCCACAAGAUCCACCACCAGCUUGCAUCCCUCCAAAUGUUAGUCUUCAGCAAGCUGUGAAUCUUUUUUUGAUCAGUUGGAUUAUACUUUCUUGUAUUUUGUGCACCCCUCUUGUGCAUUCUUCUUACAUUUGCAUUAUUUGGAAGACACUUGUAUCCAAAGCAACCCUGGGAAUCAAACCAAUCACCUUGAUGUUAUUAGCGCCUUGCUUUACCAGUUGAGCUACAGGUAGAGCCUCUUGCUCUUUCUCUCUCUCUCUCUUCCUCUCUGUGCCAGGCAUGAGGGUCACACUGACAAGUUGGCAAGACAACACAGAAUCAAGAAUCCUGUUACACGUUUCAUGUGGAUAAAUUAAAGACAUUUAUUUUUAGUUACGGUUACACUGCUUUGGCUAUUCUUUUCAACUGCACAUCUUUUACCAGUGGAGGACGAAAGGAAAGACAUAAAAGGGCCAGAUGCACCAUUUAAAAGAAGCAACAAAAAUGAAUAAAUCAUCAAGAGAGAGUGAGGGCUAGUUCUUCAUAGUGAAGGAAGCACUCUACCCCACCCCCACCUGCUGGUGCUGAGCGAGCGAGAGCUAGAACUGAGGUCUCUGGCAGACUGACAGUUACUGCUUCUCUGGCUCUGUCUAGCUUGGCAGUUUGUUUAUGUAUUUGCAGUGUUUUUUGUGUUCCUGGCCCCCCUGUGCCCGUGUCAUGCUUUGUUGCCGGCAUCCCAUCCUGAAGAAAUGCCUAUCCCAGAGAUGGCUUUGAGCCCGGUGAAGUCUCUGUACUGGGAGGUGUUCCCCCCCAUGGCCACGCACCGGGUGUACUGCACGCCCAUGCUCUGGGCCGGACGCCUAUAUGUGCUGGGAGGCUGUAGCGAGAAUGGCCUCCCACUGGACUCGGCCGAGAUGCUAGAUGUGGAGAGCCAGCAUUGGUGUGAGCUGCCCCCACUCCCCACCGCCCGGGCGGGGGCAUCUGCUGUGGCCGUCGGAGACCAGCUGAUGGUCAUGGGAGGCAUGGACGCACAGCAGAGCCCGUUGGCCUCAGUGGAGGUGUUUCACCCUGAUGAAGGCAAGUGGGAGAGGAAGACAGGACUGGGCCAGCCCUCCAUGGGCAUCACCGCACUGGAGAAAGAUGGCAAGGUGUAUGCAUUGGGCGGGAUGGGUGCAGACACAACCCCUCAGGCAACAGUGAGGAUAUAUGAGCCAGCAAAGGACCAAUGGCUGCCCCUCACCUCCAUGCCCACCCCCCGCUACGGAGCAUUUUCCUUCCUGCGUGGCAACAAGAUCUAUGUUCUUGGUGGGCGUCAGGGCAAGCUGCCAGUGACUGCAUUUGAGGCCUUUGACCUGGAGAUGAAGAGCUGGACACGGUACCCGUGUAUCCCCAGCCGCAGAGCCUUCUCCUGCUGUGCUGCCACCGACAGGGCGUUCUUCAGCCUGGGAGGUCUCCAGCAACCCGGACCCCACAACUUCUACUCCAGACCUCACUUCGUCUCCACUGUGGAGGAAUUCGAUUAUGAGCAGGGUGUAUGGCUGAAGGCCACACGGAGCUGUCGCAUGCGAGAAAAGCGAGCAGAUUUCAUAGCUGGCUGUCUUGGUGGAAGGGUCAUCGCUGCAGGGGGACUUGGUAACCAACCGUCCCCGCUGGCUUCAGUGGAGAGUUAUAACCAGCUGAAGAGAAGAUGGGAGGCCGUGGCCCCGUUACCCACCCCUCGCUGCUCCUGUGCCUCCAUUCAGACGCCGAACAUGCUGUUCCUCAUCGGAGGGGUCUCCCAGGGUCCGAGCAACGCUGUAGAAGCCCUCUGUCUCAAAGAAACUGUCUGACACAUACACACUUCAAUGAACAAAUACAUCACUUCAUCCUCACAUGUUGUACUGUUCAGAGCACAUGCUCUGCAAGCACACAGACAAACAAACAAGCCAAGCUGACCUGUAUGUCUCUUGGACACAUUCACAGACUUUUCCUACAGAGAUGCAUCAGCUUUAUACUUUGAAUAGUGGAGACAGUCUACUGGAGCUUGGACAGAAGACUCUUGGACUGGAGAUCUAAGACAAGCAAAAAAAAAUUUAUUUAUAUAUAUAUAAUUAAUCUAGCUAUAUUAAUAUACAGUAUAUAUACAAUUAAUAAAUAUUUAUUUAUAUAUAUACCAUAAUAAAUAUAGUGGCCAAAAAUGCAUUUGGACACUUACAGUAAGCCAGACUUAAAAUACCUGAAUGUCAUUGCAUUAGAUAACAAAAUAUAAAAGCAAGCGGCCAACGAAUGAUGUAUGCAUUUAUUUUUUUUAUUUUUUUCAGAACUAACUUCACUUAUGUUAGCCAUUUUUGCUAUUACUUUUAACCAACUGGUGUCAAUGUGAUUUUUAGUUCACACAGGUGUCCUAGCAGAGUAAUCGAUGGAGUAGUUCAUCACAUUGACAGUGGAUCCAGUAAUGUUUGACAACCAGAAAGUCUCCAAAUAGUUUUGUCUUAAUUUUGAACAAAAUAUUGUUUUAUAAUUUAAAACCUAACAAACUUAAUUUUUGCUUGAGAAGUAUUUGUUUGUUUGUUUUAUAAUGCAAAGACAUUCAUACAUUUUUAAGUGUGGCUAAUGUUUCCAAUUAAUUUUUGGCUCCACUGUCCAGUAUAUAGAUGUGCAAACCUUUACAGGCAGGCAAACACACAACACUCCAGACGCCUUUGAAAUGUUCAAUAUUUUUCUGUAUCCAAGCAGGGUAAUUUUCUGGCAAACUAAAGAGGAACUUAGGGCCAUAUCCACCAAGCUGCCACAGCACCGGUCUGAGGUAGCAUGUUUAGCACUUUUUGCAUUGUAGACAAACAGAGGAUGUGCUGUGUGAGAAUUUAGAAAUGGGAGGAUGCGUGUGUGUGUGUGUGUGUGUGUGUAUGUUUUUGUACCUUCACAGCCAUGCACGUGUGAAAUUUAGAGUUGUUAAGAGUGAAGAGAGCACUCUUAUCCAACUUGUCUUAUGACAAUUCUAAAUAAUAGUAUGAGAUGGCGAAAUUGUUUAUGAGUUGGCUCAUACAAAAACAUACAACUUUUACUGCUAUAGUGAAAAAGUAAUUAAGAAACGAACAAUUUUAUGGCAAUCUUUCCUAAGUUUAACCCCUAAUCUAAACCUAUAACCAUAAAGUCUAAUCCCCAAUUUGAGUGUACCACGGAAGAAAUAAAACAUCAAGUUUUGAACGAGACAAGGGAAGCAUAAUAAAGGUUGUUGGCAUCAGUAAUUUUUAUUGCAUAAAUAAACAAGAAAUGAGUAACCAGAUUUGUUCACAUACAUUUCUAUCUUAAAAUAAAGUGUUCGAUAGGAGGCUAGCUAAAAUUAAAUGCCUGUUUUGAAUCGAUUUAUAAUUCUGUUUGUUGAUUGGUUGGUCUUGAUGGGAAUAAAAGUCAUACCUAUUUGUACAAGCCAUGUCAUACCAUAUCGUAUGAUUUCGCCAUCUCGUUUGAAUUAUUACAUGUUGUCACCAGACUAUGUUGUCUUAUCUCACUAAUGCCUACACUGUAGCAUGAGACAGCAAAGAUGAAAAACUACAUGGAUUAUCUUGCCAGUCAAAGGAAUGUUAUGGGUAAAACACAAGCUAAGCACUAUAAAUAUUAGCCACAGAUGCUGUUAAUUACCACAGACAAUAAUUUUGACUUCUCAGUUUGUAAAAACAGGUAAAAAUGGUUUACAGUAAUGUACUUACAAUAGAAGUCUAUGGGGGCAUGGGGGAAUCUGACAAAGUGCGUUCUUUUCUAAAUGUACACUGUGGAAAACCUUGACACUAAAAUAUUACCAUUUUGUAAAUACUUUAUAAGUCAGCUAAGCAAAUUUUCAACAUCGUUACGCACGUUAAAAGCACUAUAAUUUUAUUUUACCCAGCAGCUCUAAUUCAAAUGAUGCUGUGAGUAGCUGGACCGACAAGUGAUGGUUUUCUGCCUUUUGGGGUCAUAUUUAAUUGGAAGCUAUUUCUUCAGGGAAAGAACUAAUUAAAUCUAGCCAUUGUAGUUGCAAUACAAGCCGCACAGACACACGUUAACUGUUUUUGAGUGACCCAUUUACUGGAUGAGAUCUCAGAGGACAUGGAGGAGGACAGAGGACUCACUUCUUGUAAUUUUGAUGAGAUAAAACCCUUGACGUAGACCUCAUAUGCCUCAUUCUUGGUUCACUGGUGCCCUGUUGGGGGUCCUGUAUUCCUCCACUGAUGAUCUGACAUCUGAGUAUCGGGUCACUGAGCUCAUUUAGCAUGCAGAAAACAGAACUUGUGCAUGUCAGGAAUUUGGAUGACAGGUUUGGGUGCACUAAAAUCAGGUGCAUCUCACCAUUUGAGGGACAACACUAUUGAUUUUCUGGAAUAUGUUGCGGCCUUGAAUCUAGUGCUGCGAGGAAAGCUUGAGCACAAACUGAAAUGGACUUUUAAAAUGUACGACAAGGACGGGAGUGGCUGUAUCGACAAAACUGAGCUAAAG